CAGGUUGCGACCAACAGUUGUUGAAGCAUGUCUCGGCGGUUUUCGUCAACCUCGAAAAAAUGCGUUUCAACAAAUUCGUCUGCUGUUGCAUCAGCUGGAACACCUAGUAUACAAGAAAUUGUGAGUUGUACAAGCAUAGAAAAAGUAGCUGGAUGGUGUAAGCACGAAGGUCUUGAUGAUGACGGAAAAGAGAGUCUAACGGAAGUAAAGAUUCAACUUCUUCAACAUCGAGGGAAGUUACUGAGCUUGACUACUCUACCACCCCCUCCCGUUGCGGUCGCUCAAUCGGUACUUCAAGCAUUCGCUUCCACAAGAAAAGACUUCUUACAGCUAGUUGACGAGAUCGAAACUUUUGCCUAUUCAGAUGAUUCAUAUUCGUGGUUUGAACAUCUCGAAUUGACAAAAAACACGAAAAUUUGGUUAACCAAGGAAGACUUUGAAAAAGUGAGAAAUGAGUGCUCCAUAAAGCCAGUGCUCCUAAUUGCAGGUUCUACUUCUUCCGGCAAGACAACCUUUGUUAACGCUUUGCUUGGAGAAUCAAUCCUUCCCACAGGCCACAAUGAUACUACCUUUACGCUUUGUGAGGUCAAAUACGGUGAGACAGCAAUGGCAGUUGCUCAUUACCGAUAUGGCAAUGGCCAAGAGAUUCAGAAAACCUUUGAUUUAACUACUCGUGACAACAAGCAAAAGUUCACCAAAAUGCUUUCUAAAGCAAAACUCGACAAUGAAAAAUUUGAAGUAGCAUCAACUGACGAAACGGAAACGGAUGGUAGCAUUGACAGCAAUGGUCAAUUGGUGCGAUUAGAAAUCUUAUGGCCUAUGGAGUUUCUGAAAAACAUUACGUUGGUUGAUAGUCCAGGGGUAACAGAUGACGAUGCAGAAGCAUUUAGUGCUAAAGAUAUUACGGAGAAGUGUCAGGAAAAUGUUGCUUGUGGCUAUAUCUACGUGCUGGACGCAAGUCGAUCUGGAAAAGAAGCAGCGCAGAUACCCAACUUUGUUGCAGGUGCCGAAGUUGAACCUACAGCAUAUGGUCUUGUUAGCUGCAGAGUCUCAGUUGCUCCUGUCGGUUAA